AUGUCGGGUAUUAACAAUACUAUAGAGGAACUACGAGAGAAAGUGCGAGCUCUAACCGCCGAAUUGAGCUCGUACAAGAUUGAGUCGAAAAGUAUGGAUCACUCUACCGUAGUUCAAAAACGACAGAAAAUCGAGAAAAUGAGCGCAGAGGUCGUUGAUUCCAAUCCGUAUAGUCGACUGAUGGCAUUGAAAAGGAUGGGUAUAGUGAAGGACUAUGAAAAAAUUCGAGAGAAAACGGUGGCCGUAGUGGGAGUUGGAGUGGAAUUGGCGAAUAUGAAUCGACUGUUCUAUCAACCCCAUCAGUCUGGUCUUAGUAAAGUUGAAGCAGCGAAAGACACUCUUGUGCAUAUUAACCCGGAUGUGAUGAUUGAAACGCAUAAUUAUAAUAUUACUACGGUGGAAAACUUUAACAAAUUUGUGGACAGAAUACGACAUGGAUCUUUGACGGGUGGAAAAGUGGAUCUUGUAUUGAGCUGCGUAGACAACUUCGAAGCCCGGAUGACCGUUAAUACGGCGUGCAACGAAGAGAAUCAAGUCUGGAUGGAGUCCGGUGUAAGCGAAAAUGCCGUCUCCGGACACAUUCAGUACAUCGAACCUGGUCGAACUGCCUGUUUUGCUUGUGUCCCGCCACUAGUCGUCGCUUCGAACAUAGACGAAAGAACGCUGAAGCGUGAAGGUGUUUGUGCUGCAUCACUUCCAACGACAAUGGCUGUUGUAGCUGGUUUUCUCGUUCAGAAUACUCUGAAGUACCUUUUGAAUUUUGGCGAAGUGUCUAUGUAUGUAGGAUAUAAUGCACUUGUGGACUUCUUCCCUCGACAAGAAAUGAGACCAAAUGAUCAGUGUGAUGAUCGUUUCUGUAGGCAGCGGCAAAAGGAAUAUCAGGCAAAAAAGGCAUCCGAAGCCACUGUCGAGAUACCUGCUACUCAAGAGGCUGGAGAGAUUUGUUCACGGAGGAUUAAUUAUUGGGAAUCUGAACUCGUUGACGAGUCGAAAGUUGAGGAAAAGACUACAACGGUUGGAAAUGGACUGGAAUAUGCGUAUGAGCUUCCCAAAGAAAGCGAAAUUGAGAUCGAGCCCGCAUCAGAAGAACCGUCAGAAACGUCCAAACAGGAUCUGGCUGCUCUUAUGUCUCAGCUAAAGGGCCUAUAG